UUCCCCGCCGAUUGGGAUGACAAUUUUCCCCUCCGCUCACCGCCGCCGCCGCCGCCGCCGCCACCAGUCUCCACUACCCACCCCCACCAACCUUCUCAAUCGGAGGCCAUGGAGCUGGCGGUCGGCGCAUCGGAGGCUACCCUCAAGUCUCUGCUGAGCAAGCUCGGCAGCCUCCUAGCGGAGGACUACGCCCUGGUCCGGGGCGUCCGCGGCGACAUCCAGUUCAUCAACGACGAGCUCGUCAGCAUGCAGGCGUUCCUCAGCAACCUCAGCCGCAGCGAUGAGGGCCACGACGACCAAACGGAGGCGUGGAUGAAGCAGGUCCGCGACGUCGCCUACGACGUCGAGGACUGCAUCGACGACUUUGCCCACAGCCUAGACCCCGACCCCCGCGGCAACGACUGGCUCACCGUCAUCCGCAGGACCCUGUACGAGCUCCGGACAUGGUCCACCCGCCGCAGCAUCGCCGCAAAGAUUGCAGGUCUCAAGGAGAGGGCGCAGAAUGUGGGUGAUCGGCGGGGCCGGUACGGCGUCCCAGAUCCAAAACCCGGCAAGAAAAAGAGUAACUUGGGUGGCGCCACGGGGUAUCUCGCUGCUGAGCAUCAGGAGAUAACCCGCCAGCUCGUCGGCGUCAAGCAGCCGGUGGGGGUGAAGGGGAUGCCGGAUCUGGAGAAGUGGAUCGCCUUUGGUGACCAGAGGAAGGAGCUCGGAGUGCUGUACAUUGUCGGGUUUGGUGGUGUCGGCAAAACCACCAUCGCAACGGCGCUCUACAGGAAUCACAGUGACCAGUUCCAGCUGCGAGCCAAGGUCACCGUGUCUCAGAACUCGGACCCUGAGGUAGUGCUCAGGAACAUACUGAGUCAAGUCAGGCCGCAGGCCAACAGUGGCGGGCAGCAACGCGAGGAUAGCACCGGCGCCAUCUUGGAGAAGAAGGUUCCAGUCAUCGGAAGCAUCUUGAGCCGAAUUAGGCUGCUGCCCCGAAAUCAAGAGGAUGGCGGCGCUGGGCAGGACAAGCACAAACAAAUAAAAUCCGAGUUGGAGAGUCACCUCAAAACAACUAGGUACUUACUGUUAAUUGAUGAUGUCUGGUCAUCAUCUACGUGGCACAAUAUCAAAAAAUAUUUUCCUGAAAAUGAUAUGGGAAGUAGGAUAAUUGUCACCACAAGAUUUCAAGCUGUCGCCACAACAAGCUCUGCUCGCAAAGAUCAGGACCGUGUCCAUGCAGUUGAAGUUCUUCCUGGUGAUGAGGCCAAAAACUUAUUCCAGGAAGCCAUGUCUGAGUGCAGGGGUACCGGAGACAGUCAACCAAGUGUGAGUAAAGUUCCAAGCAGAGUUUGGGAAAUGUGUGGUGGCUUGCCAUUGGCCAUAAUUACCAUGGCAGGUCUCGUGGCAUCCAAGCCGCUGAUGAUCCGGGAGGAGUGGAUUUCUGUUUGCAACUCUCUGUUUCCUGAACCGGAGAGACGUCGUAAACCGGAGGAUUUUAUGAGGAUAAUCAAUUAUUGCUACAAUGACUUGCCUAGUGACCUCAAGACUUGCUCUCUGUAUCUAAGCAUAUUUCCCAAGGGCUGGAAAGUUAGCAGGAAGCGGAUCAUCAGAAGAUGGAUAGCUGAAGGCUUUGUCACUGAGAAGCAGGGUUUGAGUGUUGAGGAUGUAGCAGAGACAUGCUUUAAUCAACUCAUUGAAAGGAAACUAAUACGACCUACAGAGCACAGCAGCAGUGGAAGGGUGAAGAGCUGUCAGGUCCAUGACAUGGUACUUGAGUUCAUCAUUUCCAAGGCAGCUGAAGAGGAAUAUGCCACUGUGGUUGGUAGCCACUGGUCCAUGCCAACACGUAGCAACAAAGUCCGUAGGCUUUCCCUCCACAGCAGUGACCCCAAGCGUGUAAAGAACGUGAAUAGCAUGAACUUGUGCCAUGUCCGGUCACUUACUGUGUUUGGGAGCCUGGACAAAUUGCACUUCAAUCAAUUCAAAACUGGAACAGUGCAAGUAUUAGAUCUCGAAGGCUGCAAAGGUUUUGGGGAGAACCAUGUUAAGGUCUCGGACAUAUGCCAAAUGAUUCUACUCAAGUAUCUGAGCCUCCGAAGAACAGACAUAAAAGAGCUUCCUCCAAGUAUUUGCAAGCUCAAGUACUUGGAGACUUUAGAUGUAAGAGAGACAGAGGUUCAAGAGCUGCCUGCAACUGUAGGGCAGCUGGAACGAAUAAAUAACAUACUUGGCGGAGAUAAGAGAACACAGAAAACCCUGAGACUUCCUAAAGAGCUUAAGGGAAGAAUGAAUACCUUACACAUAUUGUCAGGGAUUGAAAUUGUAGAGGGAUCAACAGCUGCAUCAGACCUCGGUUACUUUACUGGGCUCAGGAAGCUGGCAAUUUACAGGAUCCACAAGAGUGAGGAGAUAUUCAAGGAUUUACUCUCCUCUAUCCAAUACCUCAGCGGCUAUUCUCUCCAAGCUCUUGUAAUCAAUGAUGAGUCAUCUGAAUUCCACAUGACCCUGGACUCAAUGUCGUCCGAUCCAAUGGACUUGAGAGCUCUUGAGCUGUCUGGCAAGUUGCUUAGAGUCCCAAAGUGGCUCAACAGUCUCCAUGAGCUUGUCAAGUUAACUCUUUCGGCGACAGCUCUCCACACAGAUAAUUUUCUACUACUUAGGAAUCUAAGUUCAUUGUUUUCUCUCACGUUUUCAAUAAGUGAAAAGCAGGAUCCUGCUAUGGCAGCCAUUCUCGAGAAAAAUAAGUCUGAUUCAGGAGGAGAGAUCUUUGUCCCACCUGGAGGAUUCAGUAAGCUCAAACUGCUUUGCAUAUUUGUUCCUCUUCUUCCAUCACUCAGCUUUGCAAAGAAGGCUACACCACAGCUGGAAAGGAUUGAACUGCGUUUCAAAAGGUUGGAAGGUCUUCAUGGCAUGGACGAACUUGGAAUGCUCAAUGAUGUGCUUUUAACGGUUGGUGGCCAAUCAAGUGAGCAGACAAAGUCGAUACUAGAGGGUCUGAAAACAGGGAAGAAACCAUCAUCGAAGUAUGCCCUCAUUGUCAACGAGUACCAUGCAUGAUUGAUUGGAAUGCAUGUCAAGCACAUAUAUAUAGAUGUGGCUGUGUCAGUCGGUAAUUACGAACUCAUCUUUUAGGGCUCUUUUGGAACCCAGGAAUUUCACAGGAAUCGUACAGGAAUUUCACAGGAAUUAGUUCAAUGUCAUAGGAAAAACGCAGGAUUCGGGAAAAAAUCUCGCAAUCCAAAAGAGGCCUAUAUAUGUAACUUGUACGGCUGUGCACAAAGCUGCAUAUUCCGCAGAGUUGUUUUUUUGUCGUUCUUCCUUCUUUGGGUCAGUUAGACUUGGUGUUGUAACUUGUAAGAGUGCAUUGAAACCUGCUCAAAUUUGUUGGGGCUAUUUUGUUUAAUACAUCGCAAAAGAGCGCGAGUU